AUGGAGGGCCGCAAGCGCAGGCUUAGACCGGAGACUCGUUGUGACUGCGGUGCACAUAUGGUGGUGAAGCUGGACAGAGAACGUGGCGUUUGGUUCGUCGCAUCAUUCGUGGAUGAUCACAACCACGCGAUGGCUCGGCCCGACGAGGUUUGUUUUUUGUGGUCACACAGACGGAUUGGAGAUGGCCAGAGGGCCGAGAUAUUGGCGAUGGAAGCCGCCGGGAUAAGAAAGCAUAUUAUAAUGGACAACUUCAUCAGCAGAUACGGUUCGUACGAUAAGUGCGGGCUUAUCAGGAGGGACAUUUACAAUUUUUGUUGCAGAGAAAAAAUGAAGCUCAUUGCAAAGGGUGAUGCAGAGACGGCAGGUGGCAUUAUGAGGAGCAGGAAGGAGAAGGACCCUGAGUUUUUUUUUGAGUAUGUGCGUGACAAGGAAGGGCGACUGAAGAGUAUGUUCUGGUGCGAUGCACAGUCGCGGAGGGACUAUCAGGACUACGGAGACGUGGUCGUGUUUGAUAGCACGUAUAAGAUGAACAGAUAUGGUAUGCCAUUCGUCCCCUUUGUCGGAGUUAACAACCACCGUUGCACCACAGUGUUUGGUUGUGCCAUCAUUGCUGACGAGACGGAAGGGACAUACGUGUGGCUGCUGCAGACAUUUAUGAAGGCAAACUGUCAGGUGAAGCCAAAGUCAAUAAUCACAGACGGUGACGCUGCAAUGAUCCGGGCUAUUCGGACUGUCCUUUCAGAUGUUUUCCAUCGUCUUUGCUCCUGGCAUAUCGAGAAAAAUAUGCAGAGGCACCUGCAUUACAAGUCACUGGAUGAGUUCAGAUCGCUCCUGUACUAUGCCACCUCUCAAGCGAACUUUGAGCAGAGAUGGAAAGCUUUCUAUGAUAAGUGGAAGACGGAUAGAACUGAAGAGUGGCUUGACAGGAUGUACAGGAAGAGGAGACUUUGGGUAGCUUCAUAUCUUUCCGAUGGUUUUUUCCUUGGUAUGCGAAGUAACCAGAGGAGUGAAAGCCUCAACUCCUGCCUUCACCUUCACCUGGACUACGGUAUGACAAUUGUUGAUUUGGUGGUGCAUUAUGAGAACUGUAUAGUUCGCCUGCGUGAGAACGAGGCGUACGAUGACUGCGAGGCAUUCCAGAAGGAACCACCGUCGGUUACUGAAUAUAAGGCCCUUGAGGAGCAUGCCGCCAAACUGGAGAUAUUUGAGACGCUCGUGGGAAUUGGGCAUCAGACAUUCAUGGUGACAUGGAAGGAUAACCACAAGUUCAGGUACAAUGUUGUUUAUGAACCAGCAAAUGAUCCCUUCUUGUUCGACGAGUUGAUGAAGUGUUUGGACAACAUAAUAGUGCAGAAAAAGAUUUCAGAGGAGGAACUUAUAGGAAGUAGAAGGUAUGCUAUGCUUAAGAAGGAGGCAAGUCAGGCACAACAAGUUGAGCCUGGUAUUGGUGAUCCUCAGAAAGUUUCGACGAAGGGUGCACCUAAGAAGGGGCGGUCGAAGGGUGGCCCGGACGCUACAAAGAAUGGUAGGCCAAAAGAUUUUACAGAGAAGAAAAGUGGUCCUUUGUGCAGUCUAUGUAGUCUCCCAGGUCAUAACAAGGCUACAUGUAGUCUGAACGAGAAGUGA